CAACCAAACUCGAAUUUGUCGGCGGUCUUUUAACAUCUGUAAAUUUCUGAUGGUCAUUGAAGGCAUCAUUUGUGCUUCAUAACAGGCUGUCUGAGCCGAGUUACGCCAAGCAUGGCUGCUCUUUUUACGGCAAGGAAAGCCCUCAGCUUGUGUCUAAGGGGGCGUCGAGGUGCGUCCCAGCUGGCCGAGCUGCCAGAGACGCAUCACAUCCUCAGGCAGACGUGCAGGGACUUUGCUGACCGAGAGUUGGCCCCCAUUGCCUCCAGGCUGGACAAGGAACAGUGCUACCCCAGCAAACAGAUUUUGGAGCUGGGGGCCAUGGGUGUGAUGGCCAUGGAGGUUCCGGAGGAGCUGGGUGGAGCCGGGAUGGACUACCUGGCCUACAGCAUCGCUGUAGAGGAGAUCAGCCGAGGCUGUGCCAGCACUGGAGUGGUGGUUUCUGUCAACAAUUCGCUCUACCUCGGACCCAUCCUCAAGUUUGGUACCGAAGAGCAGAAACACAAGUGGAUCACACCUUUCACCAGCGGAGAGAAGGUGGGCUGUUUCUCUCUGAGUGAGCCAGGGAACGGCAGUGACGCAGGCGCCGCCUCCACUGUGGCCAUUCAGGACGGGGACGAGUGGGUCCUGAACGGGACCAAAGCGUGGAUCACCAACUGCUGGGACGCUUCGGCCACCAUCGUCUUCGCCACCACGGACAGGAAGCUCAAACACAAGGGCAUCAGUGCCUUCCUGGUCCCCAUGCCCCACCCGGGCCUCUCGCUGGGGAAGAAGGAGGACAAGCUGGGCAUCAAGGCCUCCUCCACCGCCAACAUCAUCCUGGAGGACUGCAGGAUACCGCUACACAACAUGCUGGGUCCUUGUGGUGCUGGGUUCAAAAUCGCCAUGCAAACACUGGACAGCGGACGCAUCGGCAUUGCCGCUCAGGCGGUCGGCAUCGCUCAGGCGUCGCUCGACUGCGCCGCCGACUACGCACAUAAACGCUGCGCUUUUGGAGCGCCCAUCGGAAAACUACAAGCCAUCCAGUUCAAGUUGGCCGACAUGGCAGUGGCCAUCGAGAGCGCCCGCCUGCUCACGUGGAAGGCUUCCGUCCAGCGCGACGCUAAGAAACCCUUCACCAAGGAAGCCGCCAUGGCCAAGCUCGCUGCCUCUGAGGCCGCCACAUUCUGCUCUCACCAGGCCAUCCAGGUUCUCGGGGGGAUGGGUUAUGUGACGGACAUGCCGGCUGAGCGCCACUAUCGUGACGCUCGCAUCACAGAGAUCUAUGAAGGCACCAGCGAGGUCCAAAGACUGGUUAUCGCUAGUCAGGUGCUGAAGGAGUACCAAGUGUAGGCCGCACGCUCCCCGGGCACGGGAGGCCAUCUUGCAUCUUGUUACGGUAAACUAACACUGGGCUGGACCCCGACAGGAAGUCACACCAUCAACAGACACCAUGGCAGCUGUGAGUCCCCACCCCAGCGCCAAACUACUUUUUUCUAAUCGGGAAAGAAAGAAACAAACAAGCGUGUUCAAUAUCCUGCCAGCAGAGGGCGACAAUGGUCACAUGACCGGUUCAGCUGUGUGCGCACUGUAAUGUACGUCUCCUUUACCCCCAAGGGAGCGGGGGUAAAGAUUGCUUCCUGGCGGGUGUGGUUUAAAUAAUUGGACAUCUUGUCAACAGCAAUGUUUAUUUACUGAGCUCAAAGUACAAAAACAUCAAAGAGCAGAUCCUCAUUUGCAUAUUUACACAAGACACAGGAAUAUUAAAGAUUUGAGUGCCAAGAACGAUGUGAUCCUGUUCUCCUGCAGCAUUUGUUCACACGUAGAGCUUCUUAUCGCCGUUUGGAUACUCCACGACGUAGGAGCUCCUCGCCGCGCGUCCGAAUGAGCAGCAGAGGAUCCCGCCCCCCAGCAGGAGGAGCGCGGAGGCGGCCCAGCCGAUGUAGAUGGCGGCCCCAAUCUCCCUCUUCUUGGAGGGGGGGACCUUGGGGUCGUGGAAGUCCACAAUGAUGUUGCCGGCCAUCCAGCAGAGCGGAACCAGAACCAGCACGCCGCUGAUGACGUAGAUGAGGCCGCCGGCGUACACAGCUCGGGCUUUGAGCGCUUCCUGGCGGAUGCAGUUGGUGCACUGAGCCCCCGCCAACGUCACGGCCAGCGCCAGCGCUCCCAGCACCACCGAGACCACCGUCAGGGCGCGCGCCGUCUGCAGGUCCCGCGCCAGGCUGAGCACGGAGUCGUGCACCUUGCACUGCAUCUGACCCGUGGACUGGACCACGCACGACAUCCACAGACCGUCCCAUAUGGUCUGAGCCACUACGAUGUUGGAGUCCAGGAAGGCCGUCACCCUCCACGUGGGCAGCACGCAUGCCACCAUUGCCAGCACCGAGCCCCACGUGCACAGGCCCAAGCCCACCGGCUCCAGGAUGGCCGCCAGCAUCAUCGGCGCCCCCGCGAGUGUGGCUGCUGUGGUCGGGUGUUUCUCUGCAGGACCCUGUGGACGCUUUGGGUGUGGUCUGUAUGCACGCUGCCUUUAAAGACCCGUGCCCUCCCCUCCGGAACGCCUCCCGGCAAACUUUGGGCCAGUCGGACUGAAGUAUCUUUUUGUCUCAGCCAAUCAGGAGCCCCCGUGUACUGUCCGGCGUGUCGGUCAGCCUUUUCUAAAAAUGUGCGCGUCUUUCACAAUUUCACAACUUAAACAAUUUAAAGCAAGCACUUCAGUGCUGGUGAUGUCAUGAGGAGGCGGAGUUUUGACAGGAAGUGUUUGUUUCUACAGCUGGGCUGGAAGGAAGCUUUCUCUCCCACCCCAGCGGGGCGCUUUUGUUUCCCCGACCGACCUUCAAUGGCACUUCAGGCCCAGAUGGGAAGCACACACUGCAUCCAUGCUUUUAUUUUGAAUAGUCACCACUUCCUGUCGCCCAAACAAAGUCUAAACAUUGAAAUGAUUUUGUUUAUUUUUGUAAUGACUUCUAUAAUCUCUUCAUCAGCAUGUGACCACACCUGCUCUAAUUGCUGCUGGGGGGGGGGGGCAGUCUAAACAAAUGGUAUUCUUAGGGACUGUUAAACAUGAGUAUUUAAAGCUGUAAAUGUAUGUCAGUGUUUUGUCGUCGGAAAUGUGUGUGGCAGCAGGUGUUAGCAGCCAGGAAGUCAGAUGUCCUGUUUCUUUCCACUUCCUGUCAUUGUCAUCAGAGUCCAGUCACAUGACCUCUGACAUUACAUAUGUCACCUCCAACAUCUCCAUUGUCUAUAAUAAUGUUAACGACCAUGAGAAUACUAAUAGUACUACUACUACUAAUAGCCAUAGUGUUAGGAAUAAGACAUGAUAUUGGCGUCCAAAGCAGAAUGUAUGAUUUGGUAACAGGAAUGACUUCCCGUCCAACUGCUUAUCAGCCCGGAUUUGUUUUCAUUUGUUUGUCUGUCGUGUCUCUCUGUGCGGUGACUUCCGCUUCCUGUGUGUGUGUGCCAUAUCAUGAUUGAGCGUCAGCUUCUUGUUUUUUCCCCAUCUUGAUGUUCUUGACAGGUGAGCUUCCUGCUGGCACAAGGAUGACGACGAUAGUGAGCUCCUCCAUUGUGUUCUUGAUGUCGUAUUGUUGCAGCAGUCUGACUACAAUAAAGGCACCGUCGUCCUUC